AUGCCUUCCCAACGUAGAAUUUUUGGUUUGAAUCAUCGACCUAAGCAACCAAAACCCUCUACGCCCCGGCAACAUCAGCUCGUAAGGUCACGACAGCGUGACUUGGCGCAUGCGGAAGCGUCCAAUGCGGCAUUUCUCCAACAAAUCAAUGUUGAAAGAAACCUUCAGGCAGGAGAAGGGCCAUUAGGUGAUGAAGACGGUGGUGUGGCCAUGGAUUUUGUAGUAGAAAAUGAUCAGCACGGCGAAGAAGAGGAAGAAGAAGCAGUAGUAUCAGAAGAAGAAAUCGACCUGAAUCGCUUUAUGCCUGGUCCAGGCGCUCCCAACGUCAAUGAUGAUGCUGAUGAUGCCUUAUUAGCAGCUUUGCGAAGACAGGCCCAUUUGGAAGACCGACUGGCGCACGAAAAAAAGUGGCUUUGGCAGUAUGCCAUUAUGUUGCCAACUUACCUUCAAAACCGGUUAGAGACUAAGGACUGGGGAGAUCAAGAAAAGUGGAAUCUAGACUUACGACCGGCCUGCCACUGUACAAUCAGGACUGAGAGAGAUAUUGAUCUUGUCGAUUUAUUAACGCGACGUCGAACCAAGGUUUCCUUCUGCAAGAAUUGCGACUUAUCUGCCCCUCAAAGACUCCUGCAGAUGGGAUACAUGGCUGCAUCGCCAUCGAGGCCACGAACAGCAUUUUCACUCCGACUAUUGGUACAUCACCAUGCACAGUGGAUACGAUUCGCAGUACCAACAGAGGGCUUUUGUGAGGCCCUAGACUCCACUUUAGACCACAGCAGCCCAGUCAUAUUAACAUCUAAGGGUCGGGUGCUGCAACUUUACUUUGUCACAGUGUCCUUUAUGGCCACCCAGACCGAGAAGUAUCGACUAGAGUUGCCAGAAGCUGACAAAGCUCUGGAAAACCACGCCCGCGCGAACGUGAUGCAUACCGCUGAAUACUGUCAGGAUCAGUGGGACCGUCAGCGUGCCCAGCAGCUGAAAGCUAUCAGUGUUAAGACUAAAGAAAAACGUGAACGCCUAGGCGUUUUUCAGAAGCUCAUUGACUUAAAUGCCAUGAAAGUACCAGUAAGAACUGCUGAACAACGGGAAGACCUUCUGAACCUUCCGAGGUCCCUGGUUGCUUUGGAAUCAAAAAUCCAAGAGCUUGCGGACGAACUUGGAAAUGCAGAGUUGCUGAAUAAUCGACAGGGUAGCACUGUUCGUGUUAAGGCCAUCCUUAGUAUCCAGGUUGCGUUGGGAUUUUUGUAUGAGGCCGCUGUGGAUUUAAUGCAAGAGAACGCUCAUGCUGCCACUAGAACUGGUGCGACUCAGCAGCCCCAAAAUGAAAAAUUAAGGCAGAAGAAACGCGCCCAACUUAAGAAGAAGCUGGCAACUUAUAUAAGGCAUGCGAGUAAAUACAACCGACGGUUCCGACCGCACCAUCGACUUCUUGAACCUACUCUUGAUGAAGUCAUGGCCAUGGAUUUGUUAGAUCCUUUUUGGGAUGAGGUUGCGCUCAAUCACCCCGAUGAGCCAUGGGCCACUUGUGAAAGUACCAAGAAUGGAAUAAUUGCUUUGCGAAGUCGUUUCGCAUCUGAAGAAGAACUCCGGCGCCUUGGACGCGAAGUAAGGCAGCUCAUGGGGUGGGCGGUAGACUAUCAGGCACGCAUAGAUCAAGCUAAGCCAAAUGAAGGUCUUAUGCCCUUGAAGACUCAUGAAUUUCAUGUGAUACAGUCCACCUGUGAGUUUGUGGAAGGAAGUGCGGACGGCGACCCUAUCUUGAUACAUGCUUGGCAGGACAUUAUGGCACAUACGUCUGGAACAUGGGCCGAGAUACUGGGAGAGCCCAUACUCUGGGCUGAUGGGGAUUAUGAUGAAGAGGCGGGGUUCUUCACCGAUCAUGAAAUCAAAGCACAUAUAUGGAAAUCCAAUGCAAUGUCAGAUCGACAAAAACGAAAUAGGAAAGUUGUCAAUAGCGAAGGCAUCAGAUGUUUACUUGCUCAGUUCAAUGGCCGAACAUAA